GUGGGUGUGUCGUAGCUUGCCGUAGUGAACGCCUUGAAUGCGGCUUUCGGCGAGGGGUGGGAGACCGGCGCUUUCUGACACGCUGAACGGCACGUUAAUUCCCCGUUGCCUGCUCACUUUGUACCGGCUUUUGUGGACCUGAAGCCAUGGCUCUCCGCUCUCUGCGCGCUCUCUGCCUGCUGCUGCCGCUGUUGCUGCCGCUGCAAGUUCUGUCAGAGGACUUAAACCUGUUGGAUGCUGUGGAUAAUAAACCAACGAAACCUGCACCUACAAAAAAGCAAGAAGGACCAGCAGGAGGAGCAGGAGGUGGAGACUUUAAACUGGAGGAUUUUUUUGAUGCUACCACCACCACCAAAGUCCCACCCAAGGUUUUGCCUAAGGUCCCCACGAGCACCAAGGCCCCAGCUAAGCCCAAACCCAAGCCAGCUGGUGAUGACUUUAACCUGGCUGAUGCCUUGGACCCCGACAAUGACAUUCGUGACAAGGAUAAGAACAUGGGUCAGGGAGGUGGAUUUUCUGACGAUGAUCUAAUUGAUGUGAGUAAAGAUGACACCUACAAACCUGACAAAGGCAAAGGCAAAGGAGGGAGUGGUCACAGUGAUCAGAUCAACCAGUAUGAUGACAACACUGAGACUACAGCGGAGGUGGGCACCAUCGCAGGGAUUGCCAGCGCAGUUGCCAUGGCGCUGGUGGGUGCAAUCAGCAGCUACAUCUCCUACCAGAAGAAGAAGCUGUGCUUCGGUAUACAGCAGAGCCUGAACACUGACAUGGUGAAAGCCGAGAACCCUGAAGCGGUCGUGGCUACAGAACCACAAGUCCAGCAGACUCUCCUGGAGCCGCCCAGUGCAGAGCCUCGUACUGAAGAGAAUGCUGUGUAACACACACUCACACAGAGACCACACACACACCCCCACCCUCCCCAAUACACCCCCCACCCCACCCCAAUACACCCACACACACACACACACACACACAGAGCCAUGCUGCACAGACACAGGUUGCUACAGGCCGUCUCUGGUAGGAUGUUACCGUAGAUGUUGGGUUCCUCUGUGCUGCAGAACCUGGGAUUUUUAGUCCUGUUUGUUAAAUGUGAGAAUUUUUUUUUUUUUUAAUUCUCUGUUAUGCACAAGCAGUUUAUGGAUUUUUGACCAGUGCCAAGUAUAGUUUACCAUGUGGACGCCACUAACAGCGCUAGUUUUGAGUUAUUUAUCUGUCAGCGUGCGCGCUGAUUUAUUGACUGUGAGUUGAAGCUGCAAAUGUUUUGCUGAGCUUCAGGUUGAACAAUCCCAGAAAAAUAUUCGCAUAAUUUUGUGCCGGGAACACACCCGGGGCAUCUGAACGGGUUUCAUGCAGAUUAUUUUAUGUGAUUGAUUACAGUUUGGUGCACUGCUGAGUCAGUAACCUGCUCCACUACAAAGUUAAAGUGCUGUGAGACCCACUCAGUGUUUCUUAUGUUGUUAUGUUUUUUAAUUCCGUUUGUAUUGUGAGUUGUAAUCAGGGAUAGUUAAAUAGUUUCCCCUUUUGAUGCCUAACCAAUAAUCUGUAAUAAAUCAAAGCUGUUGUUUUUGUUGAUGCGCAGAUCUAAACUGGAGCGCUUGUGUGGAGACCUGUCUUUGCUUUCAGUCAUCCUCACAGCAUAUUUUAUAUACAGCUUGUUGCACUGUUACUACGUCAUGUAGCAAUGAGCUUUUUUUUUGGUUGCUUGCCGUUUGUAUUAACACAUGUUUGAACCCAACCACGGGUUUGGCUUUAAUGCUUGUUAAUGAAGUACAUUAGUGAGUGAGGAAUGCACUCAUUGAACUGGAAUUACUGCAGGUAACGACUUUUUACACUCUGUGACAGAGACAUCGUUAGCUGCAUCUGCACCCUCCUCAUUUAAUGUACAAAGUUGUCUUAGUCAGAUUAGCAUUUUUUUUUUUUUUUUUUCUACAGUGAGGACAAAUGAGCAUCCAAACAUUUAUGUCUUCAAACCUGUUUAUAGUGUAAAUAGCCGUAUAUCAAAACUAGUUUCUGGUUUAGUUUCAACCAGCCGUUAAUGGAGCAGACGAGUCAUUCUGGAGUAGUUGGUGAAGCAGCCAGCGCUUCUUACAAAGGACCAACUUCAGGUUCAGUGGUAGGUUCAGGCCUGUGAGGGCACUUUCAGAUGGGAAGCAGUCUCCACUCUGUCCCCGCUCCAGAUCGGGAGCAGCUGCUGAGUUUAAUGUUCCCGCAGUGAUGCCACUUCAAAACGAAGUUUGUCAUAUUUUGAUGGGUAAUUAAAAAUAAAGCCCACCUUCUGAUCCCGUUCAAAUAUCGAGUUAGAAGUUGAUUAUUUUUUUAUCUGGCAGCCAGAUGGAUGUGCUUGUGUGACAUCUCUGCAGCGUGUUUCCAUUUAACUCAGAUAAAUUCAGUUUUAUUUAAAUAGCACCAAAACAAAACCCUACUGUAUAUUGUAUAUUUUAUUAAUAUCCAAUAUAUUGUGGGGUCUUUAUAUAAAAAAGUAAAAAAAAAGGACUUUUUACUCUAUUAAAAAGGAAAUUUCAGUUGCUGAAUAGGAGUGGGGAUUGCUUCCCAUAUGUAGUUGUAUUGUGCCAAAUGUGAAGAUAAGCGCUCACUGCAUUGGACACAACUGAUCCUGAGUCAGUCUAAGACCUGCUCCCUGUAUCUGCUGCUCCAUCCGUCUGCUUCCAAAGGAAAGCUCAGCAAACAGUGACUGAGGGAGGCGGAUGAUGCUGCACAUGCUAAUAGCAGCAGCUAAUAUCACUGGUUGUGUGAUUUGUUUUAUUAGCAGUAGCGUUUGUGCGAGUGCGUGUUUAGCAAAAAAGCUCUGAAGUAGCCCUUUUUCCUGUGGCGCCAUUUUUGUCUCUAUUUUGUAUGUUUGUGAACAUUGUUUGAAGGAACAAAAAACUGAACUCAUUAAAAAAACUGAAGCAGAUAUUUAAUCACUGAAGGCACAAAAUAAAGAUUAUUCAUCUUUUUUUAAACAGAUGUCCCACGAGGCUAAUAAACAAAUACUUUUCUUGCCUCAAACAUUGUCGGGCUGGUUAGCCGUAUGUUUGCUAGCUGGUUUAUGGUUCGCUGCUUGUGUCUUCGUUUAGCUCGAGUUCCUGCUUUUUCAGAUUUUUCCGGUGAAACCUUUAGUGGACAUGUAGCCUGCAUGCAUGAUAGCCUAAUAAAACAUAUUACAACUAUUUUUCUGAAUAGUUACUGAGUGUAGCUUAUUACAGUAUCAAAAAACUCAAGAUUAUAUCAUUUGUGAAACCAAUAAAUGUUUGCUCAUCUGUCUAAUUACUCUAUUAUAAAUGACAUUUCUGUUUCUGUUAGAUAUCAGAAAGGCCUGAGGCCCAUAUUAAAAUGGGUGGGGCAGGAAAAUGAUGUAUUGUAGUGAUGAGUCUGAAUUUUUUGAUACUGCCACAGAACAUUCUGCUUAAUCAGCAUUUUAAAGGUGCUUACGCUGUGUAGAUGUUAGCGGCCGGAGUUAGCCGAAGGUUUUAGUGCCCUGAGGGAAGCAUAUAUUUGUGCUCCAUGUUAGACUCUAGUCUUUUUUGUGUGUGUGUGUUUGUGUGUGUGUGUGUGCGUUAGCUUGCUCUUUUUAUACUUUGAACACAGCUUAACUUUUCCUAAUAACUCAGCUAACCUUUGAAUAUAGUUGAUGCUUCCUGGUGAGUGAGCUUUUCGUGCACUUCCCAGCAGUUUGUUUUUACAGAAUUCCAGAGUCUUGUGUGUUCCUGAACAGGAAAGCUUUUAUUAGCGGGCCUGGGCUGUGCCUGAAACCAUUCACUGUUUUCUGUGCUGUCCGAUAUUUAGCCUGUCAUUUUAUAGCACUGCUGAAAAUCUUGAAUGAUCCACAGAGUGGAUUUUUGUUUUUCCACAACGCAGCAUAAUUCCAGUAAAUAAAGUCACGUUCAUGUCAUGUGUGGAAGAAUGCAGAAAUAGGAAAAUCCACAGAAUUAUUGUUACAAGAAAGAUACAAAGUUAAAUGUGUGGCUUUUACUCGCCUUUAAUCCAUAGACUGUACAGCAAAGAUGGCCACAGUCAUCAUGACAUCACCUGUUGGUUGUGGACGACUGCUUUGCUGUCUGGAGCUGCCAUCUUGUUUUUUUUUUAAUGGUUUAAAAAUUUUGGUAAAAAAAAAAAAAAAAAAA